CUACGAUCACCAUGGCCAAAUCCAAAACACUGUUCUCUAUUUUCCUUGUUCUUGUUGUGAUUCUUGUCACCGCCAAAGCACAAAGCUUCCAUCAAAGCAUUUCUCCAGCAUCACUUGGCCUACAAGAGGAGAAGCUCAGCCACCUUCGCUUCUACUUCCAUGACGUUGUUAGUGGGCCAAACCCAACCGCUCUCAGGGUGGCCCAAGCCCAAACCACAAACAACUCCGCCACGUCGUUUGGAGCAGUGGAUGUGAUAGAUGACACGUUGACAAUUGCGCCUGAAUCUAACUCAAAGGUGGUAGGAAAGGCCCAAGGGAUUUAUGCGUUUGCGUCACAGGAUGAGAUUGGGUUGUUGAUGGUGAUGAACUUGGUGUUCGUGGAAGAACGGUUGAAUGGAAGCACACUGAGCUUGUUAGGGCGGAACACGGUGUCUUCCCCUGUAAGGGAAAUGUCCAUCGUCGGCGGCACCGGGGUUUUCCGAUUUGCACGUGGUUACGCUCAGGCCAAGACUGUUUCUUUCACCGCUCAGGAGGCAGUUGUAGAAUACAAUGUUUUUGUGUUUCAUCAUGAUGCAAUCUUAAUAUGAAUAAUGCAUUGGAAUAAAAUUA